AGAUUAGCAAGGACAAAGAUACCUUCUCAUCUUGAUAAAUCAAUCAAUAUAAACUCGGUCUUGAAAGAAUAAUUAUUAAGAAAUUUAGUCCAAAAACUUUGUAGAUAACUCGCAAAACAAAGGCGUCUGUGCUUUGAUUCAUAUUAGGCAACAAAACCUGCAAGAUGGGAUCACCAAAGCCCCUUCUGGAGGAUUUUCCGCCAGGGCCUUUGGAUGAGUAUCGAAAGCAGGCUUCUUUUGAUUGGAAGAAGUUGAAAAUUUUCCUUGAAGAUGAGGAGCAACUUAGGUUCAAAAUGGAAGUUUGGAGCAAAAUGGAAAAUGAUCCGCUGUUUCAUCACCCACCUGUUGCACUGACAACUGAACAAACCAGGGAGCUCACUGUCAGAAGGAUGUACAAACUUCGUAGCUGGGACGUGCUGCCCACUGAAAAGAUUUUGGAAGACCUUAAAAAGCCGUUCUCCCUGACUUACCUCCUGAGUCAGUACGACCCCUCUUUGAUGGUGAAAUUUGGUUUGACUUUUGGUUACUUCGAGACUGUCUUGUCAGGAAUGGGGACAAAACGGCACAAGCAUUUCUUAAGCGCCCUUAAGAAAAAUGAGAUUGGUGGUUGCUUUGCUCUGACUGAAAUUGCUCACGGAACGAACACAAAGGGUAUGCGCACUACAGCAAACUACGACCCGCAAACCAAAGAAUUCAUCCUGCACUCGCCCGACUUUGAGGCUGCAAAAUGCUGGGUUGGAAAUUUAGGGAAAUGCGCAACUCACGCCAUCACCUAUGCCAACCUCAUCACUCCUGAUAACAAAAACCACGGACUUCACGCUUUUAUUGUUCCUAUUCGAAACCCCAAAACGUUGAAGGCUUGCCCUGGCGUCAUUGUUGGCGAUCUGGGUGAGAAAAUUGGACUGCACGGUGUGGAUAACGGGUUUAUGAUGUUCGACCAGUACAGAAUUCCCCGUGAAAAUCUUUUGAACAAGACCGGCGACGUUACCGAAAAUGGCCAAUACCAGUCCCCUUUUUCUGACCCCAACAAACGAUUUGGGGCAUCUCUGGGUGCUCUUUCCAGUGGCAGGGUGGGAAUCAUUGGAAUUUGUGUGGCCUACUUGUGCAAGAGCAUUGUUAUCUCUGUGAGGUACUCGGCUGCUCGUAGGCAGUUUGGUGAUGGUGGGCAAGGAAAGGAAAUGGCCGUCAUUGAGUAUCAAUUACAGCAAUGCCGUUUGUUCCCAUAUUUGGCUGCAGCCUUUGCUCUGCGAGUCUUCAACGAUUACUUUUCACAAAGGUACAUUGAUUUUCAAAUGGAGGCCAUCAUGGGAGGAGACAAAAACCUUAUUGCUGAUAUGGGAAUGGAAAUUCAUGCUGUAUCCUCAGCUGGAAAGCCGCUGGCUGCUUGGACGUCUCGUGACGCAGCGCAAGAGAGCAGGGAAGCAUGCGGUGGGCACGGAUACUUACGAGUCGCAAAUUUGGGUGAGAUCCGCAAUGACACCGACGCCAACUGCACAUACGAGGGCGAAAACAACGUCCUCCAGCAGCAGGCGGCCAACUGGGUGCUGCAGAAUUGGGCCCGCAGAAGGGAGGGACCCAUCAGCAGUCCCUUUGGAUCAAUCAACUUCCUUUCCAACUGGCAGAAAAUUCUGACAAGCAAAUUCCAAGCUAAAUCUGUCGAGGAAGCAGUUCACCCCACAAAUCUGCUGGCUGCCUAUGAGUGGUUGAUUUGCUGGCUGGCUGGGGAGACGGAGAGUUUCCUGAAGGCCUGCAAAAAAGACCCUUUUACAGCAAAGAGCGAGUCACAAAUGUUCAGGGCCAAGACGCUCUCGAUGGCAUUUAUUGAGUACUACGUCCUGAAAACGUUUUGGGACUGCGCCUCCACGAAUAGGGAAUUCCAGCCUGUUCUGACAACUCUGUGCUCUUUGUACGGUUCUUGGACGCUCGAAAAGCACCUUGCCACCCUUUACCAGGGAGGGUUCGCAACCACUCCUGAAGCUGCUCGCUUCAUCAGAGACGGAGUGAUCAUGCUCUGUGCCAGACUGAAGCCCGACGCUGUUGCUUUGGCUGAUGUGAUUGCACCGACGGAUUUUAUCCUGAACUCGGCUCUGGGCCACUCAAGUGGAAAGAUUUACCAAAACCUGCAAGCGGCCAUUCUCCAAGGGCCAAAAGUGAUGGAGAGGCCUGACUGGUGGGACGUGAUUGUCCAGGCUAAACUGUGAUUUUCUUGCCAAAUUUUAUUGUGAUUUUCAACUCUUCUUGUUCCAAAAUGGUGAUACGUUUUUUUUUUAGAGAAAAUAUAUUUUUACAUUU